GUCCGGACUCUACUUCACAUUUAGUGAGUCUACUCGACUUCCGUUUGCGGGAAAUUGAGAUUUAAUUUUAGUGUUAGCACAACAAGUUCACCAGAAAAGCUUCUAAACAUUAGAGACGAUUCUAGCCAAACAGACUGAAUAUGAAAGAGCAAGAUCGGAGCCUCGCCGCACGAAGGCAAUACCACACAUCAGUUUUUGCACAAUGUUUUUCCCCAUGUGGGAAGUUUCUGGCUGCAGCAAAUAACCAUGGAUACAUUGCAGUUUUCAGUCUAUCAACAGCUCUAUCACCAGACAGCACAGAAGCUCUUUGGAAACCUAUCUACUCUUUCAAAGCAUCAGAGGAAGGAGCAAUAUUUUGUCUAGCUUCAUCAGACAUCUUCUUAAUCAGUGGUGGAAAUGGACCAAUUUGUGCAUGGAAGUGGUCAGACAUACUGAACAAGUCCCCAAAGGUGAUUUGGUCAUGGAGUCUUCCUAAAAGAGGGCCGUUUUAUCAAACAGAGGUCAACACCAUUGUGAUAGACAAACAGGAAACACAGUGUCGUCUGUAUGCAGGCUGUGGGGAUAACAAUGUAUAUGUAUGGGACAUGGAGACCGGCGAACAGUUGGUCAGUUUGGCUGGACAUGACAACUACGUUCACAGUGUAACCCUAAAAAAUAAAGGCCAGAUGUGUGCCACAGCAUCUGAAGAUGGCACAGUCAAAAUCUGGGAUAUGAGGCAGCCAUCUUCAGCACAACACACACUUGAACCAUACAAAAAUCCAUUAUGUACCAGGCCAGAAUUAGGAAAAUGGUUGGGAUGUGUAACUAUGGAAACUGGUGACGAUUGGCUGGUAUGUGGAGGUGGUCCAAAGAUGUCCCUGUGGCACCUGCGAUCACUAGAGGCCACCACGGUGUUUGAUACCCCAGCUGUUAGUCAGAAGACAGUCAUGUUCUAUGAGGACACGAUAAUUUCAGCGGGAGGUGAGCCAUAUGUAAAUCAUUGGUAUGUAAAUGGUGACCAGAAGGCACGGAUACCUUGUACCCCAACUAAUGUGUUCAGCAUUGUUGUCAACACCGCCCUCAACAGUCAUAAGGUGCUUUGCACUGCCGGGAACAGUCCCAAGAUUGACGUCUGCACAAACUUCGGAUAUAAGGCAUUCUCAUUGACAUUCAGCUGAUAUAUUUCUUACAAUACAAUAAAAAUACAUGUUACAUGCUUUUCUACAACA